UUUCAUUUUACAUAUAUGAAUUCUAUAAUUAGAAUAUUUCAUGCUACCGCUUUAAAAUUUUGGGCUUUCUCUGCAGUUUAUUUAUUAUUAUGUCUUAUUUUCUAUUGGUUAUAUGGUAGUGCAAUUGCAUUUUUUCUACUUUGUUCUGCUAUUAUUGGUGUAUUAUAUAAUGUAGAAGAUAAACUAUUAUAUUAUCCAAGAUUACCUGCUAAUGCUCGAAUUUAUGUACCAUCUCCGGCUUUGCAUAAUUUACCUUAUCAAAGCAUUUAUGCAAAAUCUAGUGAUGGAACUUUGAUUCAUAUGUUUUUCAUUCCACAACCAGAAGAUUUAAUAAAAACUGCUCCAACUGUACUAUUUCUUCAUGGUAAUGCUGGAAAUAUGGGACAUAGAUUAGAUAAUGUUAAAUUACUUUAUAAAAAUGUUCAUUGUAAUGUACUUUUAUUAGAAUACAGAGGUUAUGGGUUGUCACAAGGAUCUCCAUCAGAAAAAGGUUUUUAUAUGGACGCACGAACUGGAAUAGAAUAUCUUUAUUCACGCAAUGACAUUAAUACAAAUGAAAUUAUUAUUUUUGGGCGAUCAUUAGGUGGAGCUGUUGCUAUAGAUAUAGCAACAAGACAAGAGAUUUCACAACGAAUCUGGUGCCUCAUUGUAGAAAAUACUUUUACUAGUAUACCAGACAUGGCAAUGAACUUAAUUAAGUCAAAAAUUAUUCAAUAUAUUCCAAUAUUUUGUUAUAAAAAUAAGUACUUGUCAAUAUAUAAAAUACAUUCAAUUUCUGUGCCCACGCUUUUUAUUUCUGGAAGACAAGACAAAUUAGUUCCACCUAAAAUGAUGGAUGAACUUUUUGAAGCUUGUGGUAGUAAUUUUAAAAGAAAAAUUCAGAUACUUGAUGGUACUCAUAAUGAAACUUGGAAUAAAUCUGGAUACUACCAACAAAUAUUUAUAUUUCUUGAAGAGAUUAGAAAAAAACCACCUAUACAAAUGACAUCAAAACAAUGGAAUAUUGAUGAAGUUUAAGUUAGAUUUAAUAGAAAAAAUAA